CUCAACACGUCCCAUCUGUGCGUUAGUGGGCAAAGGUGAUGGAAAUCAUGCGUGUCUGAAUCAUGUUCAUGACCUUUGAUGCAUCUCCAUCUCAUCCAUCUCUUCUGUAUGUGUUCUUCCACUGGUUUGUACUUUCUGUUCUUACCACCUCCCCCAACUUCAUUCCCCCCCGAGUAUUUGAUUACUUUUUCAAUAGAGAUCUGAAAACGAGAGACAUUUACAAUCAGCAAAUAAAUACGGCACAACAAAGAGUUGAUAAAUAAAAAGCAACACAAGAACAGAACAGUAAAACAAUUACAAUGAACAAUGAAUAACAUCAGAUAACAAAGAUUUCAAAUCACCAAGGAGGAUGUAAGUCCGCAGUUGUGGGACAGAUUGCAGCUCUUUCCAUUUAAAAGAUGGAUAAUACCAACAUUAGUGCGAGUCUUUGUAUGUAUUAACCAGAGGAUAUGUUAUAUUUUGUUGUUUGGCGAACUAUGAGUAGUAGAAAGCUUCCUCUCAAUCCACUGAACUAAAGAAAUAACCACAAACAGUUUUAAUCUCUCUGAGUUGGAGAAAUCUUAAUAUCAUGUGACAUUUAUUUUUGAUUUUAAUCAUUUACAGAGGAGCUGGGGAACCUUCCCAAGUGACACGAAUAAAUUCAUGAAUUAAUGUUCAACCAAACAUUCAUUGCAUAUAUUCCCAUUUUGAUUUAACAGUUUGUUCCGCAUUUAUUUUUCAAUUUGCCACUCUGAUUACCCUUCGCUAAGCCUCAGUGUGACAAAAUGUCAUCAGUGGGAUGUAACCAGGGCCCUCGUUAACUUUAAAAUUCAUAUUUUUUUAAAUUGUCAUGGGCUCAAUGAUCAUAUGCUAUUUUAAAAACCUCUAUUUUAGUAAGAUAUGGUUUUAUUAUAAGAAUUUUUUUUUAUCAGAUUCUGUGCUGUCUGUAUUUGUUUUUUAUCCAUUUCAUAAGUCCUCUUACUUACUUGUAAAUAUGUUGUAUUAAUCACAGUGUUAUGGUCAAUUAGACAGAUUCAAAUUCAGCUUUGUCUCUUCACUCCACAGAUAAAGGUGCAGGUCACAUUUAAAAACAACAUAAAACACAUUAAGAGACAAUAUUCAUGUAACAGAGAAAUCAUUCUCUAUCCAUUGUGGAGAGUGUGUUGUUUUCUAAUUAAAAAAAUCUAACAUUAACUAUUAUAACUUUUUAAAGUAUUUAAAAUUCACAAUAACGUGUGUUGUAUGAGACAUAAAUAAAUAUGUUCAGGGGGAAACAAGUGAUCAGGACACAGUCUGUGGUUCAGGGGCGCUGGACACGUCGCCCAUAAAGCAGAGACGAGUAGCCAAUAAGGGACUGUUGCUUGGGAAGAUACGCGCGUGGCAAAGUAAAUUCGGCCAAUCAACAUCGUCGGGGAAAAAAUCCAGAAGGGCGAUUCUCAUAGGGCCCGAGCCCGGUCACUGAGGGUCGGUGGAGGUGGAGGUGAGACGGUUGUGACAACGAUGGCCGCGGGAACACACGAACCAGCAGCUCAGCCUCCACACUCGAUCCAGUCGCUUCUCUGUAAUCCGUUCGAGAGGAGACCUUUGGACGAGCAACUGCAAAUUAAAGAAAGCGGACCCGACCAACCUGACAUCGCAAUCCGCCGGCCCGCCAGCGAGAGAGGUCAAAAGUACAAGCGAGGGUUUUCCCGCAAAUGGUACAGGAGGAAGGCUUGGCUAGCGGGAUGCGGACAGGUAAAGGCCGUAUUUUGCUUCCCGUGUCUACUUUUAAAAACCGCUGGAGCGGACACAGCAUGGACGGUUACUGGAAUCCGAGAUAUGAAACAUUUAUCCGAGAAGAUAAAGAAGCACGGGUGUUCGAGGGCGCACCUGGUAAACACAAUGGAGCUGGCCAUGCUGGGCACAGGUAGCAUCGCCGAGCAGCUGGACGAAGGCCACCGGGCCCGGGUGAGAAAACACAACGAGGAGGUUUUUAAGAACCGGCACAUUUUAUCCAAGAUAGUUGACUGUGUCAUCUGCGGCGCCUUCGAACUGGAUUUGCGCCUCCACGGUGACGCGGAUUCCCCGGUCCGGGGGCUGGAAGGUUUCGUGGCUUCGCUGGACUCCGUGUUGGAGGAGCAUCUCAAGAAGGCCGCAGUGUUCAAAGGCACAUCAAAGACGGUGCAACAGGAGCUUCUGGACUCCAUGCUGUCCGUUCUUAAGGACUGCAUUCUGGACGAGGUCCACGACGCCGAUUAUCUCGCCAUUCAGGCGGACGAGACCACCGAUGUGUCCACCCACAGCCAGUGGGUGCUGGUGCUGCGGUACAUCGACCGUCACCACAACGUGCAGGAGCGGUUUUUCGAGUUCAUCCCGCUUCAGGAUGCAAAUGGCGACUCAAUCGUCACAUCGCUGCUGGAGAGGCUGAGCACGCUGCUCCCCGGGGGGCGGGAGAGCCGGCUGAUCGCCCAGGCCUACGACGGGGCUGCUGUGAUGAGGGGGACAAAAGGUGGAGUUCAGCGUAAGGUGCUGGAGGUUUACGGAAAUGCACACUACGUCCACUGCUACGCGCACCAGUUGGACCUCAUCAUGCAGCAGGCGACGUCACACAUCCCCAGGAUCAGGACGUUCUUCUCGGACCUCGGUGGGUUCUCUGAGUUCUUCUCCGGGUCCUUCAAGAGAACCGCGGUGCUCGAUGAGGUGGUGGCACGCAGACUUCCCGGAACUUCAACAACAAGGUGGGACUUCCACAGUUGUGCUGUUAACACCGUGUUCGAGCACCAGGCCGACCUUCUGCUGUGUUUCCAGACCAUCAGAGACUCUAGUCACUUCGAUCCUCAAACUGUCAGAGAGGCCGGGGGCUUUGUGAGGAUGCUUCAAGACGAAGAUUUCUGCUUUUUCCUGGCAUUGUUUCACAGGAUCAUGCCACACGUGGACACGCUGUUCAAACAGUUGCAGAAGAGGAACAUUGACUCUGUCAUCAUCUCAGGAAUCAUCCAGAGCUUCACCGACCGCAUGCAAACGAUCAGGGACUCCAUUCCUUCUUUGCAUGGGCAAGCCAGUGGGUCUGUAGAGCAGCAGCCCAUAAAGAAGCGGAGGACACUAGGACCAGGAGAACACCAGCAGUUGGCUACAGAGGUAUGUUAUACCAUUUUGAGCGAUGCCAAGGACCGGUUCUCUUUCACCAAGCACCUCAUCAGUGCCACCCUCUUACAAGGAGACCUGUUCCCAGAGCACCACAGGAGGUUCCCCGACUUAGCGCUGGAUACCACAGUGGAGGCCUACCCCAUGUUGAGCAAGGCCAAGCUGAAAACCGAGCUAUGCCUUAUAUAUGAGAACAACGAGUUCAGAGCUUGCAGUGGUGCACUGACACUGUUCCUGUUCUUCAUGGAGAACAACCUCCAGGACACAUUCACUGAGACGGUCAGUCUCCUCAAAAUACUGAUCACUACACCCAUGACAACAGCAGAAUCAGGGAGGUGCUUCUCUACCUUAAACCGGAUCAAAACCUUCCUGAGGAACACCAAGACACAGGAACACCUGAAUGCUCUGGCUAUGCUCUCCAUGGAAAAAAAGCUAGUCAGAAACAUUCCUGACUUCAAUAACAGGGUCGUUGAGAGAUUUGCUAAUCAGAAGGACAGAAGGGCAAAAUUCCUGUACAAAUAAGAUGUCACACACACACGUACACACGUUCCCCUGACCCAAUCUUUCUUUGAAUAAAGUUUACCUCAUAAGAAAUCCAGCAGUAUAUGGCU